AUGUCGGAUAAUAUUGGUGACGAGAUUUCUUCACGAUCAAUCCGCCAAUAUGACACCUCGGAAGACUCAAAUGCCCCAAGGCUGGAUAGGAUGUUCAGCAAAUUGCAAUUUGAAAGAACCAGUACCUCGAGCACAACAGGCCCGGAUACCAAGAACACUCUAAAAAGGCUUCUAUCAAACCAGUCUGGGAUAUCCACUGCAUCCUCCUAUGCCGAAUUCCAGAGAACAACAUGGGCAUUUAAACUUCUGCUCAUCGAUCGAAGUGAUAAAUUGUGGAACAACUAUGUCAUGCAUCUUCGGGUUCAAAACAGCUUUGACCAGCUCGGCAGCAUCUGUGGACGUGUGGAGCUACCGCGUGUUGCAUGGUUUGCAAAUAAGACAUCAGAAUUUUGGAACGACAAUCUUCAUUUGUUCCCAGACGAGCCGACUUUCAGGCGUGAACCUCGCGAUGUUCUCUGCAUGGAACGAAUUCUCCCAUUACCGGAACCAGUUCGAAAUGCCAUGAUUGGAGCUUACUGCCUACCCCAUAAUAUUGAGAACGCGAAAAGAGACCCAAAGAACAAAGACUGCCUUAUUAUGGUUUUCCUGGGAAGAAAUAGGUUUGGAAUAUCUCGGCCCAGUGAUGUCGAAGAGCUGUGUGAGAGCAUGGCAGAUACUAUGGCCGUUCUAUACUGGUAUGUAAAUGUGGACGGAAACGAUAUUGAGUUUGUUUUUGGUAGCUCCCCGGAAGAUAAAAAAGCGAUCCGUCGAGAAGUGAAACUUGUAGACGUCGAUCUAUGGAUUCUCGACUUUGACGCAUGCAAACCUAUAUUAAUGGAUGAAAAUGGAGUGCGACUGGCGGUGAAAGCCUUUUUGGAGACCGAUCCUUACUGCCCCCGGCCGUCAACUGAAUGUCAUUUCGCUAAGGAGCUCUGGAAAUUAUUCUGCACCCGAUACAUGCAUACUGCUGCGAGACUCGUGAGAGGCACAAAUUACCAUCACCUGCCAGUGAAGUUUAUUCAAGGAAUUUCGAAUGAAUAUAGGCUACGUGAGGAAAAUCGAAGGGAGACUCAGGUUGCACCUCCCACAGUUGUUAGAGGAAGAGGAACUGCGGGAAUAAGGAGAGCUAGAAGCAGCGGCAACAUGAUGGGACGUGGUAGAGGCACUUGGUCGAACCAGCCGGGGCCACAACCAGGAGAACCAGAGCAAUCAGAGCGACAGAGGCAAUUGGAGCAAAGGCAAAGAAGGGGCUUUCGAGGGAGAAAUAUUGGUCACAGGCAUUGA